AUGUCGCGCAAGGGCGUGGGCAUCGGCGCCUUCGACCGCUCGCGCGUCACGUCGGCGCACUACGCCUCGCACGGCUCCUCGCUGCGCGCCACCAACGCCCAGGCGCUCGAGACGCAGCUCUCCGUCUUCCGCUCGCUGCUGCAGCAGUUCGCGCAGACGCACGCCAAGGACAUUCGCUCCGACCCGUCGUUCCGCGCGCAGUUUGCGCGCAUGUGCACCGCCAUUGGCGUGGAUCCCCUCGCCACGAGUUCCGGUUCUGGUUCAGGUGGUGGGGGAGGCGGCGGCGCGUCGUCGAUCUGGGCGCAGCUGCUGGGCAAGACGGUCAACGACUUUUACUUUGAGCUCGCGGUCCGGGUGGUGGAGGUGUGCGGCGCGACGAGGGGCGAGAACGGCGGGCUCAUCGGCCUGCGCGAGGUGCGCGAGCGGCUCUCCGCUGCGUCUGCGGCUGCGUCGUCGUCGGGCGGCGAUGGCAGCAGCGACAACGGCGGCAUAUCCGAAGACGACGUGCGGCGGGCCGUCGAGACGCUCAAGCCCCUGGGCGGCAGCUACGGCAUCGUGCGCGUCGGGCGCAAGGAGUACAUCCGCAGCGUGCCGCGCGAGCUGAGCAACGACCAGGCCGCCGCGCUCGAGGCCGCCCAGGUCCUUGGCUACGUGAGCGUGAGUAUGCUGCACGACAACCUCGCCUGGGAGGGCGCCCGCUGCCGCACCGUCAUCGACGACCUCGUCGCAGAGGGCAUGCUCUGGGUCGACAAGCAGACGGGCGGCGAGUGGGAGUACUGGAGCCCCAGCUUCAUGCUCGAUGCCCCGAUCGCCGGCGAUGAUGCGUUUGACGGUGGUGCUACUUCUGCUGCUGCUGUGGUCGCUGGAGAUGGGUGA